GCUCAUGAACGCGUUUAUCCAGGUCCUGCCCCCGGUGCUCAUCAGCUGCUUCAUGAUCAACCCACGCACCGCCAAUUCAGAGGUGCCGGGCUGCUCCGCGCGUACCGCUGAUAGAGAGCAAAGGCAGUCUACUUUGCAGUUCAGAAGGACAGCGAAUCCGCUAGGCAAUAUUGGGGAGACGUUGCAGAGUGGCUGGGACAACGAUGAACCUAUGGAAGAGGAGAGCAGCUCAGCAGCAACGGACGAUGCGAGACGUGAUGAGAUCAAUUCAGAGGCAUGAACCGAUGCUGACGGCUGUAUCAAAAAAUUCGAAGUCAAUAUUAUUUGAUAAUUCCGGUUGCGUCGUGCUUCGCCAAGCCCCUUCUCCUGAUCUUCUACAUCUUAUUUGGCCCAUCCCCACGCUUAGACAUAACCCUCGGGGCCUCAUUCAAAGCCUUUGGUCUCGUCCCCAUGCGCUCUAAACUCAAGUGGCAUUGGGCUAGGCCGAAUAGAUUGUGUUCGAAC